AUUUUGAAUGUUUAGUUCAAUAAAUGUCAAUAUAGAUAUGAAUUUAACUUGAUAAUCAACGGAAAUAGAAACUACAGAUAAGAUUUGAUAAGAACUGUUUGAAAAUAUAUCUAAAACGUUUCAUCCCGUGCUUUCGAAAGUGAAAAUUGCACCCUUUCUUCGGAAUCAAUGAUAAAAUUUUGUAUUUAUCUAAAAUAAUGUGUAUGUUAAAUAACUCUUUUGAUGCCUAUAAUUAAUAUAUUUUUGCUCUUCCACUAUCAAAUGUUGAUGCGAAUUCUAUCCUUUACUAUAACAUAGUCUUCCUUUGAAGAUAUCAGAAAGUGUAUGUGAAUAAAACAUGAAUUGAUGAACCGAAAGUAGAUCUGCAUUGUUUUAAGACAGACUCUCUGUUUACCUCUCAUUAAGAUCACACUUAGUUUGAAUUUUCAUCAGCAAAGUAUAAAAGCUACCAUGAAUAAUCCUGAAUCUCCCGAUCAAAUUGAAUACAUUAGAACAGAAGUGGAGUUCAAGAACUGGAACAGUGAGGAAACUGAAGAACUCAAUUCUUCUCUAAAGAUAUGCUGCAUACCUCUGCCUAGGCGUUUAUUCAUGUUUGUAAAAUAUAUAGCACCCACUCUUAUUUUGCUAGUUAGUUUUGCUGCUGAUAUUUUUAGCGGUGCAGCUGUAGCUUACAGGCAUUAUAGGGAUAACCAUAUUGUAUGGUUUAGUUUGACUAUACUAUUUAUUUGCGCACCUGCUGUCAUGUUCAUUGCUCACGCUGUUUUAAAAACUAUUACAAAUCAAGAUUUCCAUUUCAAGAAGAAAAUACUUUGGAUUGUUUUGUACAUUUUCACAGGAGCUGGAUUGUUACUGUGGCCAUUGUGGGGCUAUGUGAAAAAGCUCACUUAUGCAAUAAGAGCUUUUACGGAUGAAGAAAAUAGCACUGUAUAUUUAGAACAAUACCACAGUACAACCAUACCUAAUGAUGGUAUGCACAAAAUGUUAAAUGCAUUUUUACAAUCUGCUCCUCAAUUGUUGCUACAAUUAUACAUUCUUUUAUCUGCCACUACACCUCAAGAUACAAAUACAGUGAUUGCAGAAGUCAUAUCCAUCAUAUUUUCAUUAAAUGCAUUAACCAUCGUGGUUGUUCACUUUGAAGUAAACAGCAAACACCAUCCUAGCCGAACUGCAACUGCUGAUGAGAAUCAAGAAGUGAGUGAUUUGUGCUGCGUAAUUGUGGAAUAUCUGUGGUGGAUAUUAUCCAUCACAGCACGAGUUCUUGCUUUAGCAUUCUUUGCUUCAGUGUUCAAAUUAUGGGUAUUUGUUAUAUGUGGCAUUCAUGCUGCAACCAUAUCAACAUGCUUGAUAUUCAACCACCCCAGUUAUUCUGUCAACAAAUUUGCAAUUGCAAUUUUCAUGGGUAUAGUUUAUAUCUUUUGCUUUGUUGAGUACAAGGUUGAUUUUGGAAAACUGGGUAGAGUUGUUGGUUUAUACAUUUUAUACUAUGCUUUCACAUUCUGUCAAAAUGUCUGCAUGGUGUUUUCCGCUUAUUUUCUAGCUCCCGGGAAUUAUUCUUUUCAUCUACCAAUCGUAAUUUUUCAUUUUGUCAGCUUUUUUCUUGGUAUAGUAUUCAUGCUAUUUUAUUUAGGCCUAUUGAGACCCUUUUACCUCUCCCUAUUGACCAAAGCAAGUAAGCCACUUAAUACAUAAUUAGCAUUUGUGAUUAAUUGUAGUGCCAAUUGUAAUUUCUCUUUCUUUUACCGGUACAAUUAGAAACGGUAGAAAAAACUAUUUUCUUUUUUAUUUGCUCAGAUUUCAUUCCAUUUUUUUGUAAAAAACUUUCUUUUUACAUUUGUACCUGAAUUUUAUUUAUUACAUUGAGUUGUAGUAUUAUUUUCCUGAGCUUUUGCAGCUAGAAAUAUGUGACUGAUUUUUUCUUAUUUAGUGCUGUCCUUAUAUAAAAUAUGCUGAGUGCUCUCUAAUCACAGACUGAGGUAAACAUUUUGACAAUCCUUGUAAAAAAAAUGAAGUAAAAAGAAUAUUGGUCAUCGCGGGUCACAAAUUACUAUUUCAGCUUGGACAAAAAGAAAUAAAUCUUUUGGAAUCUGACAAAUUGCUAUUGAGGAAGAAUGGAUUAAAAACAUCAAAACAUCUUUGAUUGCAGAAGAAAACAGAUAGUAGUUGAAAGGCAGAAGUAUCUAAAAAUCCCUAUAAGUUACAUUCAGCAAUCUAACAGGUUUUUUUUUUUUUUUAAAAAUAUUUUUUAUUCUCAUCUUCUUCAAUAGAAAUAUCUCAGAUUUCAGAUCCGUAUUUCUUUUUAUCCCAUUUAAAUAUUCUUUUCCAAACAAAUGUGUAAAUUUUUAGCAAGGAUUCUAAAAAUAUUUACUAAGGACUGUGAUUUUGGAUCGCCCUAUAUUUCUUUUCUUUUUUUAUUAAAUAUUUUCCCUGCGUAUUUCCUCUGUUACUUGGUUGGGCUUAAAAUAAUAGAAGAUAGUGCAACCUAUUGUAACAAAUAUCUUUUUGAUGAAAAUUUUUAUUUAUCUUAAUUUUGUUCAAAUAAAUUGAUUAGUUAUAGACAAUUUUACUUUUACAAACAAAGGAUUUGCAGGGAAUGUGUUUAAUUCUGAUAUUUUUUUGUGCCUGAUAAUAGUUACGUUUUUAAGCUUUUUGUCUGGCAUGUUAUUUCAUUUUACAGUUUUAGAAAUGUCCUGUUAUUAUUAUUAUUGUAUAUAUUUUGUGUAGUGUAACACAAAUUGUUGCUUGUUUUUAUUUUUAAAGUGGUGGUCGUUAUAUUAGUUUUCUUUAUGAUCAAUACUUAAAUAAAUAAAUGCCAAAUUUUUUUUAUACAUACUUUUUAGAAAUUCUGAUGCUUGUAUUCAGAUGUGUUAUGUAAUUUUUGAAAUGAUAAGAAAAACUGUUUAUUUGAAGUACUGUUCAUAUGAAAUACUGUACUUUUCUUUUUAAAUUUAAAAUGAAUUUUUUAUUACUUUAAUGAAUAAUUGUUGAAUAAAUUAAGAAAAAAUUAUCUUUUUUUUUUAGUUUUGUGUUUAAUUUAUUGUAUGGUUUAAAAAAAUGACUUAUUUUCUUUUCUGAUAUAAUUUCUUUUUGUUGUAGCUAUUAUACAAAAUUCAAUUAUUUCUUUUUCAUUAUAGCAGUAUAACUUCUAAUGGUAUUAGCUAUUGAUAUAUUCUAAAAAAAAAUUGAAAAUUAUGUAUUGAUCUUGAGCUUUUGCAUAUUUUAUAAAUUUUUUUAAAAAUUAUUUUAUAAAUAACAAAAAGUCUUCUUAUUUUUAUUAAAUUGAAAUAUCGUACAUACUUAAAAUCUCAUUGCAAGAGGCUAAAAUCUAAAGUGCCAAAUUGUGUAAAAUUUCCUUAAAAAAAUAUUUUUAAAUCCAUUAUUAUAUAUAUUUUUUUUUUUUUGCUGCACUUAUGGUUGAAAACUACUUUUAAAUAUCUGCUUAAGUUUUUACUUUAACAUUUUGUAUUUUUUGAUACAAGUAUCAUAAAUAUAAAAUUAUUUACGUAAACAUUAACCGAUUCAGAAUUCCAUCCUCUUUUAGAAAAUGAAUUACAAGUGUUCCAUUUUUCAAAGACGAUACUGUUUUUGAGCGCCAGGUAUUCUUUAUGAACCAGCAGUUCCCCAAAGGUUUUCUGUGGAACCCUAGGUUUCUGUGGCACGUUAAUAGGUUUUCUGAGAAUUAGUUGUUUUUUUUUUUAAUUUUGAAGCCUGUAACUAUAUUUGUAUCCAAUCAAUAAGCCAGAAUUUAUUUAAUAUUUUGGUUAUUUUUUAAAUUCUUUAUAAAAAUUCCCAAUGAAAAAAAAAACUAUAGAAUAAUUAAGAAAUAUAUAUCUACAGUUUUUAAUAACAAUAUAUUAAGUAAAUCACUAAAAGGAUAUGCAUUUACAAAUGGUGCAUACAUAUAUUUCUUUUAAGUUUUCAAUUCAAAAUAGCUAAAUUCAAGAAUAAAGAAUUAUGUUUCUCUAAUAACUGUUCUCAUGGAUUAUAACAGUUAAUUUUCAAAAACAAUAAUUCUUAUUCUUCAACUUAUUUCAAUUUUAUUAUGCAUGUGCCAAAAACAAAUUGGAAGCCACUUUUGACCUGUGGAUUUAAUGACCUAACGUUUGACCUAAUUCUAAUAUUGCUAUUCAUAAAGCUAUAAUAAAAUUUGUUUCUUCACAUUAAAUGUAUUCAGCUUAAUUUGUAGUCUUUUUUAUUAGUAUAUUCGCUGCUGCUAAUUAACUUAAAUAAUAAGGUCCAGGUUUAAGCCAAAAGAUGCUCAAUCAUUUAUGGUUCCAUAGCUGAAAAAAGUUGUUACCAUUGUUAGAAUUUGUGUUGAUCUUGUUUACAGGCUUAGAAAUCACUGGUCAUGGCGCUUUUAGCACUAGAUAAUGCAAAUGGG